AGGGAGAGACAGAGACACAGAGGGAGAGAGAAAGAGAGAGAGCAACAGAGAGAGAAAGAGACAGACAGACAGAGAAAGAGACAGACAGAGAGAGAAAGAGGGAGAGACAGAGAGAGAGAGAGAGAAAGAGAGACAGGGAGGGAGAGACACAGAGAGAAAAAGAGAGAGAUAGAGGGAGAGACAGAGAGAGAGGGAGAGAGAGAGAGAGACAGAGGGACGGAGGGAGAGAAAGAGAGAGAGGGGGAGAUAGAGACAGAGAGAGAGACAGAGAGAAAGAGAGAGGGGGAUAGGGAGAGAGAGAGAGAGAGACCAGCUGCCGGAGAGCGAGAGCGGCAUGAUGGAUAAUCAGGCUCCUGUGCCUUUAACUGGCUUUGCUUGAGGACACUUGAGUGUCAGGCUAGCUAGGAAGUGUGGAUGUGCGCGUGGACGAGUGUGUGUGUGUGUGUGUACGUGAAGGCAGAGAAGGAGGGAGGGAGGGAGAACGCAAGGAGAAGUGGAUCCUGCGCCUUGCUUCCUUGCCAUCUGGAUAGCUCCUCAUCAUCCCCACCAUCCUCAUUCUUGUUUUUUUGGGGUUUUUUUUUUUUUGUGGGCUUCUUUGGCAUCCCGGUUGCUCUUCCUGUUGCUGUUAUUUUGGUUGCAAUGGGGAGGGCAGGAGAGGCCGCUGGGGGUCCUGUUUUUCCAUCACCUUCCCGGCAAGACCCUUGGUUCUGAUCGGGGGCAGCAGGGAUGCCUGGCUUGGGAGUCCCGCUUUUUCCAGAUUCUUCUUGGCUUCGUGGCUGAGCAAAACAACGGACUGGUGGAUUAUUGCAUGCUGUAAGAAUCAGGGAAGCUUUCCACGGCCGGAGAGGAGGAGAAGAAGAAGAAGAGAGGAAAAGAAGACACAGCCAGCCAUCAGCACAACAGGGCGAAGAUCCGGCUCAGGUUGACCUAGCUGGGUUAGAAAAGAAGAGAAUUGAGGGGCCUUCCUGCUUCGCCACUCCUGUGAAGUCCUUUUUUCGGCCCCCCCCCCCUUUUUGUUUCCUCCAACAGAAGGAUUGUGAUAUAUUAUUUUUUUCCCCCCCCUGCUCUGGCUGCCGUUUGCAGUGGGUGAGGAAGGGAUGAGCUAAGACAACGGUCUUGGAGAGUGAUCUUGGAAAAUGUCGAACCUUGGCAACAGCGAUACCAAGCCCCCUUGUCUACCCCGGAAUGGACUUGUUAAACUCCCCACCCAGGCCAAUGGACUCGGCUCCGCGAGCAUCACCAAAGGGACCCCAGCAAUGAAAAACCGCUUGUGCCAGUCUUCCGUGCCUGCAAUCCUCAGCCCAGCCUUAAUGAAUCACAGUGACCUGUCCAUGCCCGGUCUCACUUCACCAUUGUCUUUGGCGGCUCUGGCAGGAGGACCUUCAGGAGCCACCGUGGUGGGACUUCCCACCGACGGGAUUUCUCCAGCCAAUGGGGACAUCCCAUCCCUGGAAGACCUCUCUGGCUCCCCCACCAAAAGACAUCUGGCCGUGGAUGAAAAGAUCCUGAACCGUUUAUUUAUGUACUUUUCGGCCUGUGAGAAAUGUGUCCUGGCCCAGGUGUGCAAAGCGUGGAGGAGGGUCUUGUAUCAACCCAAAUUUUGGGUGGGUCUCACGCCGGUGCUGGACACCAAAGAGCUCUACAAUGUCCUGCCCAAUGGAGAUAAGGAGUUUGUCAACCUUCAAGGUUUCGCCAUCCGGGGGUUUGACGGUUUCUGCCUCGUGGGGGUUUCCGACUUGGACAUCUGUGAGUUCAUCGAUAAUUACGCCCUCUCCAAAAAAGGGGUGAAAUCUAUGAGCCUUAAGAGAUCGACCAUCACGGAUGCAGGGCUUGAGGUCAUGCUGGAACAGAUGCAGGGGCUUAUGCACCUGGAGCUGUCUGGAUGCAACGAUUUCACCGAGGCCGGUCUCUGGUCGAGUCUGAAUGCCCGCAUCUGCUCCCUGAGUGUCAGCGACUGCAUUAACGUGGCCGACGAUGCCAUUGCGGCCAUCUCACAGCUGCUGCCCAACUUGACUGAGCUCAAUCUUCAGGCCUAUCACGUGACGGAUACAGCCCUGGCUUACUUCACUGCCAAGCAAGGUUACACCACCCACACUCUCCGCCUGAACUCCUGCUGGGAAAUCACCAACCACGGCGUGGUGAACAUGGUGCACAGCCUCCCCAACCUGAGCGUGCUCAGCCUCUCCGGCUGCUCGAAGGUAACCGACGACGGCGUGGAGUUGGUAGCAGAGAACCUCCGCAAGCUUCGGAGCUUGGACCUGUCGUGGUGCCCACGAAUCACAGAUAUGGCCCUUGAGUACAUCGCUUGCGACCUCCACAAGUUGGAAGAGCUGGUGCUGGAUAGGUGUGUACGGAUAACAGACACUGGGCUCAGUUACUUGUCCACCAUGUCCUCGCUUAGGAACUUAUAUCUCCGCUGGUGCUGCCAGGUCCAAGAUUUUGGCUUGAAACAUCUGCUGGGAAUGAGAAGCUUACGCCUCUUGUCACUUGCCGGCUGCCCUCUGCUGACCACCACGGGACUUUCAGGCCUGGCUCAGCUUCACGACUUGGAAGAACUGGAGCUGACCAAUUGCCCCGGUGCGACUCCUGAGCUCUUUAAAUACUUUUCCCAGCACCUGCCUAGCUGCAUGGUGAUUGAGUAAGCCGCUUGCUAGAAACAUCUGGCCAAAUCCUGGAGUCCUGUUUCUCCAAUCCAAACUCAGCACUGACCAACCAUCCAGAAGUCAAGUUUUUCUUUAUUUCUUCGUCAUUGAUAUAUAACUGUAUAUGGAGGUAUAUAGAUAUAUAUGGAUGAUUUCUUUCCAGAAGAGGGUGGCGUGACUUGAAAAAUCACGCGCUUGAACAUGUACACUCAAACGGGGGGGAAAAAAAACAACAACAGUGCGAUGAACAAACAGUUGGUCAUUCGGCGGAUCGGCCGUGGCUCUAAACACAAGCAGAAGAAUUGACCCUCGAGUUUGUAAAUCCUGACGUCGCCAUCAUCUUUCAUCUUCGUAGGGAGCUGUUUGGAAAUCUUACCUUUUGGGGGUAAACAAACAAACAAACAAACCAAGAAUAAGGGAAACACACCACGUGCACCGAAAAAAAUCCCCCGACAGCAAAACCAAAUGAAAAGGGAUGAUGGAGGUUAAACCAGCCAGAAAAAUCCCAGAGGCCGAUUAGCCAAGUUGGCAAGCAAGCCGACAUCAGUGCUGAAUGAAAAUGGAUUUGCGCCCGUCCGGGCAUUUCAUGUUACGGGGCAGAGAAAGGUUUGCCUAUGAGCCUACCCUGAUCUGGGUGUGGUGUGUGUAAGGUAGGAUCAAGGUGGGGUCAGCCCUUGCGAAGGCCUUCAAGGUAUGGAUGUUGGACGGUUGAACCCUGCCCGCGAAAGGCGGGCGAGUUGUUUACAUUGGAGGUCGGGGAAGUUGAACAAGUCGUAGAGCCCUCCGGAGAAUUCCUCGGAGCCGGAUGGGGGCAUCGAACAGUGGUUGAAAUGGAGACGCUUCCGAAUUCCACGCAUGGGAUGCCGCGGGAAGCGAAAGGACCCUUAUAUUAAAAAAGGAAAAGUUGGGGGGAGGGGAGAAAGGAGGAGGAAGAAGAAGAAGAAAACUGACCAAUGCUGUGAAUGAAAUGAUCCCGGAAAUUCAUGGAGCUCUUGAUUUUAGGGAGCUCCCGGUUCUUGGACGUUCCAGAAAGUGGAUCAAAGCUAGAGAGUAAGGAGAUCCAUUGGAGAAACUGACCUAAACUGUCCCAGCUGACUCGAAGCUCAUGCAACGCACGAUCCUUGGUGGAUCCCAUCUGCCUCCUUUCCUUUGUUUUCUUCUCUCCCUCUCCCUCCCUCUCUCUCUUUCUCUUUUUCAAUUUGGUUUCGACUUUCUUGAUUUUUGCGAAUGAAUAAGGAGGGGUUUCUCCCCUUUUUUCUCUCUCUCUCUGUCUCUCUCUCACCCUCUCUUUGGAGCAAAACCACAGCCUUUGCAUGUUUGGCUUGCUUUGCGUCUUGUGAUAAGGUAGAGUCUGAAUUCUGCUUUUGGGCUGUGGGUGGCAGUUUUUUGAUCCUAGCUUGGCUCGUCUGUUCUGGUGUUUAAAAAAAAAAUAUAGAAGAAGAAGAAGCUGAUGUGGCUUGUUCUACCUUCCUUGUUCCAUUUCUCCAAACCACACAGAUCCGCACACUAGCUGUCCAUCCUGGUCUUCUUCAAGAGGGAUGAAAACACCUCCUUUCCAUUCCUACCAACCCCAGUUCCACCUUCCAUCCUGGGAGACACCCCCCCCUCCCAUCAAUCACCAGAUCCCCUUCUUUCCUUCCUGACUUCACCCCACCAAACCAAGGGGAAGCUGUACCUGUUGGCUCUCUUCCAAGCCAAAAUUUGCUGCUGACCAGAUGUUUGGUGACUCGUGGCUUUUGCCCCAUCCUUUUUUUAAAGAAGCCAUUUCCAAGGCCCCCUCCCCGUGGAACAAUAAAGGGGGCCUAGGGCAUCUCCAGCCUUCAGGCAUUCAUCCUUCAGACCCAGAGAUCUGUUUUGGGGCAGAACCAUGCACUGGGAGGGGAGAGGGGAAAUUGUGAGAGCUCCAGGCUCUUUAAGCUGUGGGUUCAAGUUGAAUUUCCAGCCUUGGGAAUCUCUCUAGGAUGGCAAGUAAAAUCCUCUUCUGUGCUUUUGAAGAGCUGCCAGGCAUCUUCAUGCAAACCCCAGUAGAGUGCCUGAGUGGUUUUGGUUCGUUUUGGUUCAUUUCUUUGUAGCGAGAACCCAUUUCCAAGGGUGGGUAUAUCCACAGCAGAGAAACUGUUCUCACUGGUCCUAUCUCCAAGAAGCUAUUGGGAUGGGCACUGGGUGCUUUCUGCUCUCCAAAGUUGGUAGGAUAAAAACCAUAUCUCUAUUUUUGUUGUUUCCCCCCUCCCCCCUACUGCAUGGGGCAAGCCAUGGAAGCAAUGCAUUCCCUUCCCCCCAAGAUCCAAUUCUCUGCAUGCUAAUAUACCUAGAAAGAAGCAGGCAUGGCAGUUAAUACUAAUACUUUCAUGUGAGAAGCACCAAAGCACUUCUGUGACGAAAGGAUUUGGUGGUGACAUCCCCGUUGCCCGGGGGAGGGGAUUCCCAGGAGGUUCCUUUCAUGUCCCCACAAAGUUACAACUUUGUGGUACCCAUUAAUGUACUUGCUUACUUUUGGAGCCGCUGGUUUGGUGGGAGCCGGAGUAUGUGACAGGCGCUCAACCCACAACAGGUCUCGAACACGAGGCUGCCGAUCAUCAGCUCGGCAUUCUAACCUCAGGAGCCAUCGCGCUCCUGGCGUGGUGAUUGAACCUAUAGAAGCCAUGAUUUGGUGGAAUGUGGUCUCGUAGAAAGUGGGGAAAGCACGGAAGAUUGUCUUGAAGGUGGACUUCGAACAAUAUUGCGUCCGACAAGUCGGAACUAGCCUUGGGCAUCAGAAUCGCAUGUGAUCCGAGCUCAUUUCUUUUCAGGACCCACAAAAAGGGCAGCCGAGGGGUCCUUGCCGUAGGCUAUUGCAUGUCAUUCUAUCUUCUAUCUGGAGGAAGAGGAGGGGGAGGAGGUGGCCAUCCAGGCAGGCAGGCUGGAGAUGACGGAACGGGUAGUUCAACAGGUUUGGAGAAGCCCAGUUAGGAAAAUAAUUGCCUUUGUGGUUUUUCCCUACCAGAUUGUCUGCCUUAGACUGUGGUCGUGAAACAGCCGUCUUGCAAGGCUUCUGGCUUUGAGCAGCCAAAAACCGGCCUAAUCGAUGUGACAGCUUUGACUUCAUGAGUGCCUUUGGUGGCCGCCUCGUUUUUCUUAUAGAUUUAAAUAAAGCCAAUAAUAAUAAAAAUAAUAAUAAUAAUAAUACACCCACCAAACUACCAUUGUCCUCCAGUUCUGAUCUUGGAGGAAAAGAGAGAUGCCAUACCGUAAAGCCUGGCCUGAAUUCUACCAUCUCUUGAGCUCUUCCAGCAGCUGAGUGAUGUCCUCUAUGUAGCGGACUACAACAACUGUGUAACCAUACUAUGGCUUCGGAGCAGUGGUGAAAUCCAAUUUUUUUUUUUACUACUGGUUCUGUGGGUGUGGCUUGGGCGUGGUGUGGCUUGGUGGGCAUGGCAGGGGAAGGAUACUGCAAAAAUCUCCAUUCCCACCCCACUCUGGAGCCAGCCAGAGGUGCAGUGGUGGGUUGCCCCGGUUCGCACCGGUUCUAUAGAACGGGUAGUAAAAGCGGCGGGAGGCUCCGACCUUGACGUCAUCAGAAUGCUUCUGCGCAUGUGAAGAAGAGCAUGUGCGCGGCCCCGUUGAGAACCAGUAGAAAAGAUAAGUUAAGUAGAUAAGUAGAACCCACCCCUGCAGAGGUGGUAUUUGCCGGUUCUCCAAAUUCCUCAAAAUUUCCGCUACCGGUUCUCCGAACUGCUCAAAAUUCCCGCUAUCGGUUCUCCAGAACCUGUCAGAACCUGCUGGAUUUCACCCCUGCUUCGGAGCCUUCCCAGCACAUGCAUCUUACCCAGGGCUUCCUCUGUGCCUAGAAUUUUGGUGCCAGGGCCAUGCAGUUUUGCCAAAAUCUGUGGGCUGGUUACCACUCACACCAUUUUAAUUCUUUUCCCCCAGCAGCCAAUCUCGUUUUCUGGGAAGCAAAAAAACCGCACUGAUCAGAUCAGGUAGAUGAACGAAAUACAGGUUAUCCUCCAGUUACGUCCACAAUCAAGCCCAAAAUGUACGCGGUUCAGUGAAAAAUGUGUUGAGGGAGGUUUUGCCCCACUUUACGAGCUUUCUUGCAACCGUUGUUAAGCGAAUUGCCGCAUUUAAGUUAGGAGCAUGGUUGUUAAGUGAAUCUGGCUUCCCCAACAGCUUGUUAGGAGGUCACAAAAUGACGCCGGGACAGUGCAAUCGUCAUAAAUAUGAGUCAAUUGCUAAGCGGCUGGAUUUUGAUGACGUGACCAUGGGGAUGCAGCAACGGUCAUAAGUGUGAAAACCCAGCCUUAAGUAACUUUUUUCAGGGCCCUUGUAACUUCGAGCGGUCACUAAACGAACUGUUAUAAGUCGAGGACUACCUGUAAUACAGCCGGAUAAUAGAUACCUUUGGACCUGCUGUUGAUUUCUUCAGCUCAGGUCAGCGAGCUGCCUCUUGCAGGAGGCUUUCAAAAUUCAGGAGGUUUUGCAGGAGGCUUUCAAAAUUCAGGAGGUUUUGCAGGAGGCUUUCAAAAUUCAAAAGAAAAAUGGCUUUUCUGCAUAUCUGGGAAAAAAAAACAACCCAAAACCCUUUGCUAAAUUCCCAUCCAGAAAUUAUCAUAGUUUGGAGAACACUCAGUUAGAAUUCCGAUCGAUAUUUUUUUCAAGGCUCUACUUUUUCUUAUCAAAAUAGUAAAGGUUAUGGGUUUUGUUAUUUUAUGUAUGAUUUAGGCUGUUACAUUACAGUACAGUAAUUCAAAGCAAAGGCGGGCCAGUGUCCUGACAAUUUGUGAUUCAAAUGAAACUCUAGGUCAGGGGUCAGCAACCUGCGGCUCUGGAGCCGCAUGUGGUUCUUUCACCCCUCUGCUGCAGCUCCCUCUCAUGCAAAAUAUGUUUCACAACCACCAAUGUGCGACACCCGCUGGCAUGCUAUUUAUUGAGCUUUUCAACCCCCGGUAGGCCAACCAUGGAUAAAUCCAAGAAAAGAAAAGUUGCAGAAGAAAAAAGAAUGUUUAAUUCAACUACAUAUGCUAGUUUUGUGGCCGCUCAAGAAAUAGUCAGGCACUGGAAGGGUUUUGUGGCUCCCGGUGUUUUCUUUUCAGUGGGAAACGGGUCCAAAUGGCUCUUUGAGUGUUUAAGGUUGACGACUCCUGUUCUAGGUGAAUCAAAAUGGGAUCCUCAGCUGUACAAAAUCAGAAUUUAUUUAUUUACUUAUUUAUUUAUUUAUUUAUUUAUUUAUGCAUGCAUGCAUGCAUGCCACCCAUCUCACUGAAAAGGACUCUUUGGCCUACUGGGAAUUUGGCUUAACGGGAAUGAAUUCCCAUGGGUUUCAGAUUUCCUAUUAGAAAAAGUAUUUUUAAAAAAUAUGCUGGCUCACAAGUAGAAACUAGUAGAGCGUAGUUCAUAACAAAGAGCCAAAGGAGGCUAGCACCAUUGAUAUGGUAUAAUUCCAAGAGCAGAUUGACUUUGAUCUAGAUGGAUUAUCUAUUCAUUUAUUAGGGGACUGGAGGCUAAAACAUAUGAAGAACGGUUGCAGGAACUGGGCAUGUCUUGUUUAAUGAAAAGAAGGACUAGGGGAGACAUGAUAGCAGUCUUCAAUAUUUCUGCCACAAAGAAGAGGGAGUCAAGCUAUUCUCCAAAGCACCUGAGGGCAGGACAAGAAGCAACGGAUGGAAACUAAUCAAGGAGAGAAGCAAUUUAGAACUAAGGAGAAAUUUUCUGACAGUUAGAACAAUGAAUCAAUGGAACAACUUGCCUCCAGAAGUUGUGAAUGCUCCAACACUGGACUUUUUAAAGAAGAUGUUGGAUAACCAUUUGUCUGAAGUGGUGUAGGGUUUCCUGCCUAAGCAGGGGGUUGGACUAGAAGACCUCCAAGGUCCCUUCCAACUCUGUUAUUCUAUUCUAUUAUUCAUUCGUCCAUAAUACGAUAUAUUCAGCCGAUGUUUUGAUCACAUCCCGUAAUCUUCUGAGCCAGUUAUCUAACCAGAAGAAUCAAUACUUACCCAAGUCAAAUUAGAACUUCAUUUCGCAGCAGUCAAUUAAAUUAUUUAGUUUAAUAUUUCAUAAACCCAUACUUUAAUCAGUAUUAAUGGCACAUUAUUAAAAUAAACAAUUUGCUCUCAGAGCAAUCCCCUAUCUCUCGAAUCCAGAAGUAGUCCAAUUGAAUUCCAUAAGGUUGAUUUCUAGGAAAGAAGCUUGGCAUCUCUUAUAGGACGGGGUCAAAAAAAUGUCACAAUUGAGGCUAAGCUGCUUUUGAUGCUCAUCAAUUGGUUUGUCGUGGCUACCAUCCUAAGGACCCCCCUGAGUAAGGCAGGCCUCCUUACCUGUCCGUUUUCCCAACAGUUUCUAAAAUCCCUACCAUCACAACCUUGGCUUUUUCUAUGUCACCAUUAAAUGUCUUCUCCAAUCUGCAAAGCUCCAGAUGUAUGGGACUGCAAGGCCAAUAAUUCCCACCCAAUAUGUCAGGAAUCCAAUGGAUACUGAGGUCUUAGUGAAAGAAGGUGGCCUGAAACCAUUGGAAGAGGAGUUGCCUUCAGAAGUUGUGGGUACUUCAUCACUGGAGGCUUUUAAGAAGAGACUGGACAGUCAUUUGUCUGAAAUGGCAUAGGGCCGUGAUGGUAAACCUAUGGCAUGUGUGCCACAGGUGGCACACGGAGCCAUAUCGGUGGGCGUGUGAGCUCAGCUCUGGAAUGUAUGUGCGCGCCGGCCAGCUGAUUUUUGGGCCUUCUGGACCCACUGGAAGUAGGGAAACAGGCUGUUUCCAGCCUCCAGAGGGCCUGGGGGGUGGGGAAAGCCCAUUUUUCACUCUCCCCAGGCUCCUAGAAAGGCUCUGGAGGCUGGGGAGAGCAAAAAACAGGCCUUCCGGUCCCACCGGAAGUCAGCAAACGGGCCAUUUCUGGCCUCUGCAGGGCCUCCAGGGGAGGGUGGGGAAGGCCAUUUUUGUCCUCCCCAGGCUCCUAGAAAGGCUCUGGAGCCUGGGGAGGGUGAAAAACGGGCCCACCAUGCCAUUGCCAUGGACCCUGGUAUAGGGUCUCCUGCUUGAGCAGGGAGCUGGACUAGAAGACCUCCAAGGUCCCUUCCAGCUCUAUUUCUAUUCUACUGUCCGUUUGUGAAAUGCUCCUCGCUAGAGAGCAAUGGCCGAGGGAUGAAGCAUCACUGGCUUUUGAAGAAAAAAAAAUGAGAUAAAUAUUGUAUGUGAACGAUAGAUCUAGCAUUGGAUGUUAGCCAUAGUGUAAAAAAAAGACACAAAGAAGAUGCUAGAAAGAGUGCAGAGAAGAGCCACAAAGAUGAAUUGGGGCCUGGAAGCUAAGCCAUACGAUGAACGUUUGAGAGAAUUAGGUACAUACAACAAAGAGAAGGACUAGGGGUGAUACUAUAGCUGUCUUCCAGUACCGGAGGGGUUGUCACAGAGAGGAAUGGGGCCAACCUAUUCUCCAAAGCACCUGUGGCCAAGACAAGAAGAAAUGGAUGGAAACUUACAAAGAGGAGAUCUAGACUUAGAACUAAGGAGAACUUUCCUGAACAUUUGAUCAAUGGGACAGCUUGCUUCCAAGAGUUGUGAGUGCUCCAUCACUGGAGGUUUUCAAGAAGGGGUUGGACAACCAUUUGUCCAUAAUGGUAUAGGGUCUCCUGCUUGAGCAGGAGAUUGGACUAGAAGACCUCCAAGCUCCUUUCCAAUUCUUAUUGUUUUAUGUUCUAAAGAAAUACAGUAGAUGGAUAGAUAAAGAUCCACUACUUCUAAAUUGGCAGUAGUUGAUAAACUGUUAUUACCAAAUUGCUCUUACCAAGAUUCCUAAGACCUAAAAGGGAGUGAAAUUAAUCUAAAGUUGGCGAUGAGAUAGGUGGUUUGCACUUAAUGUAAUGCAAUGUUGAUAGCAGUCACAAUGUGGUACUGUGUUUCCCCGAAAAUAAGACCCUGUCUUAUAUUUUUUAAAACCUUGAAAUAAGCGCUUGGCCUUAUUGCCAUGCGCUCAAAAGCCCGAUUGGGCUUAUUAUCAGGGGAUGUCUUAUUUUGGGGGAAACAGGGUAAUUGAGGUUCUACUUCAGUGUUUCUCAACUUUGGUAGCUUGAAGUCCACCCAUCUUCAAGCUUCCAAGGUUGAGAAACACUGUUCUGCCUGUUUCGUUGUCCAUCGCACAAUCACAAACCAGGGCAAAGUCUCCAUUGUAGCAUUUCGGGAGUCAUUCUUGACUCUUUUUGAUCAAAUCUUGCAGACACCUCUGUAGGGAUGGCUUUCCUACGUAGCUUUCCUAAGUUCAUGGUCAGCUCCAAGAUCUUUUGGGCCCACCAUUGUGCUCCUAAGUGGCUUUCCUUCUUGCAUGUUCCUCCAGAUCUUUAGAAUUUCCUUCCAGGAAAUUCUGAUUUUCCAGUUGCUUCAUCCUUUUCCUAAGUACCCCAAACUGGAAUCUCUCAUGCUUAUCAUCUUUACAGGGAAGUGAUGGGACCACGUAACUAAAUAUCCUGCAUGGACCAUUUGAUAAAAAUCCAAAUAAAUGUUCAGAAUCAUAGAAAGGGGUUUGCGGGAGGCAGGGGUGAGGUUUCAAAGAUUAUCAUGCAUGAAGAGCGAUGGGGUGAAGGGAGGGUGUGGGGUGGGGGGGAGAAAAUUUAUUGGUGAAUCUUCUACAAAGAGGCCACCGAUCUGUCUUCCAAUCACAUCUUCAUUGGGCUAGUUGAUUCACGUAAUACUUUUGAGGACGGGUCUCUCCAUAUAAGUCUCCACCGCCACCCAGUCGGUGAAAUCCAUUUUUUUUUUACUACUGGUUUUAUGGGCAUGGCUUGAUGGGCAUGGCAGGGGAGGGAUACUGAAAAAUCCCCAUUCCCUCCCCACUCCUGGGGGAAGGAUAUUGCCAAGUCUCCAUUCCCACCCCACUCUGGGGCCAGCCAGAGGUGGUAUUUGCCAGUUCUCCAAACUGCUCAAAAUUUCCGUUACUGGUUCUCCAGAACCUGUCAGAACCUGCUGGAUUUCACCCCUGCACCCAGUCCAACCCUGAUGGGCCUCCUAUGUUGGAUGGCCAACCUCAUAUCAUUUUAACCAAUGCGCUUGGACAUGGCCUCUCCUCCGCGGCCGUUUUGAACACACUCACCGACAAAUUUCAGUUAACAACUGUGUUUUUUAAAAUAUAUAUAUAUAUACCAUCACAAUUCGUAGAAAUGUGAUGAAGGUUUUGUUGUCAUGGCAUCUCUGUAAAGCUUUAAGAAGAAGAUGAUGAUGAUGAUGAUGAUGUAGCCAGUUUCAGUGGUGGGUUUCAAAUUUUUUUACUACCGGUUCUGUGGAUGUGGCUUGGUGGGCAUGACAGGGGAAGGAUACUGUAAAAUCUCCAUUCCCUCCCCACUCCAGGGGAAGGUUACUGCAAAAUGCUCAUUUCCUCCCGAUCAGUUGAGACUCGGGAGGCAGAGAAUAGAUGGAGGCGGGGCCAGUCAGAAUUUUUACUACUGGUUCUCCAAACUACUCAAUUUUUUUGCUACCGGUUCUCCAGAACUGAUCAGAACCUGCUGUUGUAACUUCGGUCACUAAACAAAAGGCUGUUUUAAGUCGAGGACUACCUAUAUACGACGUAAGGCAGCAGGUUACAUGAAUAAGAAACAUCUGCAGUAGCAUCCCCAAAAAAAAUGUCCCUUGCCACAUGGGUCCCUCUGGGUAAGAUGUACGAAAGAAUACAGAAGAAAAAGCCAUUUGAGCAGAGUGCCUUUUUUGAAAGGGUGCAUAUUUUUUAUUUUCUUCUAAAGGAAAGCAAAAAAACAAACGAACAAACCUAAAAUAUUUAUUUAUUUAUAGUUAUUUGUUUACUGACUCAUUUACUGACUUGUUUUGGACCAGAAUUUUGUGGGAAUUGCUUUCUCUCUCUUGCCUGAGUCCAAAUUGUAUUAUAGAGUCUGUCACACCCAGGCAGGAUCACUUCUAGCAGUAAAAUGAGAAAGCCUGUGGUUUUCCUGCUUGUUUAUUUUAUUUUAUUUAGGGAAUUUAUAUUGCCGCCUCUUCGCACAUGGGCGACUCUCGGCGGCUUACAGAAUAUAUUGUUGUUAUUUUCAGUGGCACCUUUUUUUUCCUGGAUCGACAAUAAUGGGAUAUUUUAGCUUGGGGUUACAAUGGGCGAAUGAGAGCACAGGAGUGGGAUGGUUAUGAGCAUUGAGAUGGGAUUUCAAGUGUUCUUGGGAACGGUUUUGUUUUUACUCAGCUGGCCAAACGGAUAGACUUUCCGUGAAUAUUAAUAGCAUGCUAAUGAUGACAUCGUGUACAUAUUUAUGUAAGAAUCUAAUUGACUUUCAGAUUGAUUAGACUGCACGGUCCUGACCUCGUAUGGGAGAGGAUCAUCUGGUCCUUUAAAAAAAAUUCUAUAUAUUAUCUUCAAGUUGAUGUCUCCUCCUCUUAGAAACCACGCAGUGUUUUGGUCGCUCGACCACUUUAAAAGGCGUAGACUUCGGUUCCCAGAAUUCCCCAGCUUGACAUGCUGGCUGGGGGAAUCCUGGGAGUUGAAGUCCACGCCUCUUAAAGUAGCCGAGUUUCAAAAACAAGAGAUAUCGAGAGAUAGGCAAGGUUGCGAAAUUAGCAAACUUUUUAAAAAACGGCACUCAACCUCUGCGCUCUUCCCGCGAUGAUAUUAAAGGUGCCCUUUUGUGAAUUUUCAAGGUAUUACAAGGGGAAUGGAUUGCGGUUCUCGGCAGAGGUUGUGCAGGUGUUCCGAAUUUCUUAGGUUCAACCCUCUGUAGAAAAAGAUCACACAAGUCGUGGUGAGAAAGGGCAUGCCAAAGAUUUCAAUUUCCAGAUAUCCCAUUUUGAGCAUCCCACAGCUUCUUCCUGUAUUCUGGCAUGGUUUCAACUUCAUUUCAAAGGCGGCCGUGCUUUCCAUACGAUUGAAACAGCCUUCGAAUUUGGACAGUCUGAGCCUCAAAAGAGUUCUCCUGUCUGGAAGCCAGUCGCAGAACGGAUCCGAGGGGUGUAUGUAUUAAUGUGUCGUAUAAAGCCAGAUGCACGUAGUCCUCGACUUAUGGCCACGAAUUCCGCUGCUAAGGGAAACAUUUGUUAAGGGAGUUUCACCCCAAUUUACGACUUUUCUUGCCCCGGUUGUAAAGUGAAUCAUUGCAGUUGUUCAGUUAGUAACACGGUCGUUAACAGAAUUUCCUAUCAGAAGAUCCCAAAAGGGGUGUGUGUGUCACAUGACCUCGGGACACUGCAGCCGUCAUAAAUACGAACCAGUUGCCAAGCAUCUGAAUUUUAAUCACACAACCGCAGGGAUGCUCCAAUGGCCAUAAGUGUGAAACAGUCAUAAGUCACUUUUUUUCAGUGCCGUUGUAACUUUGAACGGUCGCUAAAUGAACUGUUGUAAGUCGAGGACUACCUGUAUUAAGGUUGGGGUUUCCAGUAAGCAAUCCAGGGCAAAAGAUUUUACCUGCUUUUAUUUAUUAAUAUUUAUUACAUUUUGAUAUCGCCUAUCUCCCUUACAAGGUUGAUUCUUGUAUCGUAUGGCAUGCUAGCCAGCAAUUUACACUUAUUUUACUUGAUGGACUGGACGUCCCAGGUAAAGCAUGCGGUCUUACACCUGGGGGGAUACUGGUAAUAUACCAGUGUUGCCGCUUGCCCACCUUAGGGUGUUACCUAUUUGCAGCCGAUCUGGUCAGCCAGCUGCACAAAUAGCAACUGCAGCAAGCAAGGAUAUUAAAAUGGCUGGUCCACUUAUGCAAAAGUUUCAAAAUUUAUUCCAGGCACAGCAGCUGUUUAAAAAAAAAAAAAUUAUUUCCCAAACCUCUAGAGCAAAACUUUAGCGAAAAGAAAUUAGGAUAUCCUGCUGAGAUAAAACUUGUGCCUAUAAGAAAUGGGAUCAGGAAACGGUUUUCAUAGAAAAGUCACCGGGGGGGGGGCGGGGGGGAGCUGUUGGGAGGAUGGAAAUUUUUAAAUCAAACAAGAGAUCCAGUUAAGGAGAAAUUUCUUGACAGUGAAAACAAUUAACCAGUGGAACGACUUGCCUCCAGAAGUUAUGGAUGCUCCAUCACUGGAGGUUUUCAAGAAGAGACUGGACAGCCAUAUGUCCAGAAUGAUAUAAGGAGGUUUGACCAGAAGACCCCCAAGCUUUUUUCCAACUCUGUAUUAAAGGAAGAGAAGUUGACUUAAAAGUCACCGAUUUUCUAAAAGGAAGAAUGCACACAGUUCUAGGGAGUGGACUCCAUUUUCUGCAAGAGUUCCACCAAGUUCUUGGUCCAAAGACAGGGCACGCAAUCCCUCGGAGUUAUUUUCAUUUUCAUUUUAUCUUUCUCUGGGCAAUUUAUCGUGGCCCUAACAGGAAUUGCCUUUCGAUUUCCACCAGUUUUGAACAAGAGACUUUUGUCGAGAAUUGUGCUCCAGACGUCUCUUCGGCACCCCUGUUUAAAGUGUCCACUGGUCCAAAGUAUUAUUUAAAGCUACUGAAAGAAGCUGUGAUAUUUCAGAUUGCUAUUUAGAAAUAGAAAAAAAAAGAAAAAAAAGGAGGGGGGAAUUCUGAAAACCAUUUUCUUAUUGUACAUACGAGCCUCCUUCUCCUGUAUAUUCUGAAGAUAUAAUCUUAUAUUUGGUAAGUGUUUCUUGUGCUAUUUUAUCAUGUGAUCUGUUUAUAAAAAUAUAUAUUAAAAAAAAUUUAAAAACACAAAA